AUGGCUCCCGCCGGGGACCGCGAGGGCUACUGGGGUCCAACGACCUCCACGCUGGACUGGUGCGAGGAGAACUACGCGGUGACCUGGUACAUCGCAGAGUUCUGGAAUACAGUGAGUAACCUGAUUAUGAUUUUACCUCCAAUUUUUGGUGCGAUGCAGAGUGUUAGAAGUGGACUGGAAAAGCGGUACACUGCUUCCUAUUUAGCACUCACAGUGGUAGGAAUGGGAUCCUGGUGCUUCCACAUGACUCUGAAAUAUGAAAUGCAGCUAUUGGAUGAACUCCCAAUGAUCUACAGCUGUUGUAUAUUUGUAUACUGCAUGUUUGAAUGUUUUAAGAUGAAGAACUCUGUAAACUACCAUCUGCUUUUUACCUUAGUUCUUUUCAGUUUAAUAGUAACCAUGGUUUACCUUAAGGUAAAGGAGCCUAUAUUCCAUCAGGUUAUGUAUGGAAUGUUGGUCUUCACUUUAGUGGUUCGAUCUAUUUAUAUUGUUACAUGGGUUUAUCCAUGGCUUAGAGGGCUGGGUUACACAUCCUUGGGUGUAUUUUUAUUAGGAUUUUUAUUCUGGAACAUAGAUAACAUCUUUUGUGAUUCACUGAGGAACUUUCGAAAGAAGGUACCACCUGUCAUAGGUGUUACCACACAGUUUCAUGCAUGGUGGCAUAUUUUAACUGGCCUUGGUUCUUAUCUUCACAUCCUUUUCAGUUUAUAUACAAGAACACUUUAUUUGAGAUACAGGCCAAAGGUGAAGUUUCUCUUCGGAAUCUGGCCAGUGAUCCUGUUUGAGCCUCUCAGGAAGCAGUGAUGAAUUGUUACACCAAGAAAAUGAAAUAGCACGUACCCUAGGCCUAGCCAAACGAACAAGGAAAUAAAGAUGUACAUGUUCAGAUGUAUUACGACCAUCACAGCGAAGGAGUGACUUUGUGACAUGCUGCCAGCCACACAGAGAAUGAGGAAUGGGACUUGUUGGAUGUUUAGCUUGUGU